AGCUAGUAGAAAACUAGAAAUGAAAGGCUAUUAGGCUAUUAGCCCUAGAGUAAAAUUAGUUCUAUAAGGAGUUUUUGCUGUGAGAAGGCUGCUGCUCGACGCAGGGAGCGCUGGAGUGCUGAGGCUGCGAGUCCCAUGUGAGGCAGCUAGUCCGUGUUUGUACUUCGUGAUUGUGUUUCAUCGUCUCAAUGAGUGAAAAGAGCUUAGCUGAAGAAACUCAAACUCAAGAAUCGGGAGAAAGUGAUUUAGGCAAAGGAGAAGAAUUUGGAGCAAGUUUAGAAAUUUAUUCUCAGGAAAAUGUUAGGGAAAACCGUCGAACUUCAAUUGAUAGGAUCAGUGCAUUGCCGGAUUGCUUACUUGUUCACAUCAUAUCUUUUUUGGGCCUGAAGAAAGCUGCUGCUACGAGUAUUUUGGGGAAAAGAUGGCAGUUUCUUUGGACUGAAUUGCGGAACCUUGGAUUCGAAUUCUAUGGUUGGGGUGAGAGUAAGGAAGCUAAGAAUGCAAUUGACUUUGUGGCUUGGGUUAAUGGGAUCAUUUCUACUCAUCGUGGAAAUUAUCUCGAGAAGAUGACAGUUGAUUUCAAGUUUGAAGAUUGCUUUGCUCAAGAUGUUGAUAAUUGGCUCCAGUUUGCCUUGAAAAAUAAGGUGAAAGAACUCCGUUGGAACAUGGGCUACAACGAAGAUUGCUACAUUCUUCGUGAAAUGAUAUAUUCGAAUUCAUCCUUGACAUCAUUAUCUUUGAAUCAUUGCAUUUUGGUCCCUGAGAGAACAAUCCAGUGGUCAUCAUUGACUAAAUUAGAGAUAUCAAGAGUAAAUUUGCCUCAGCCUUUAGUUGAAAAGAUAUUGUCAGGCUGUCCUGUUUUGACUUCUUUGGAUCUGAGUGAGUGUUGGGGGUUCACUUGUUUGGAGAUCAACUCUCAGAAUCUAUGUAAACUGAUGGUAACAGACCCUUUAAUUGAAAACAAUGGGGCUUCCCUGCACAUUUCAGCACCAUAUAUAAAAUAUUUGAGUCUUUCGUUGGAUCCUAUAGGAAGGAAAAUAAAGAUUAGAGACAUCUCAUCUCUUGUCACUGCUCAUUUUAAUUUUAUUGAUAAUUCUUGGGAUUUUAUAUUACCUGAGGAUAUGCUCCGUAGUACAAAGGAAUUUUUUGAACAGAUUUACAAUGUCAAGGAGCUUGAUUUGGGUCCUGAACCUCUAAAGGCUCUAGCUGCGUUGGUGCUCAAUGGUUGGCAGCUUCCAAAAUAUAAGCUAAGGUGCUUGAAUAUAGGUCUGUUAUGUGAUGCUGGGCAAGUCAUUCCUGGCAUUUUAAACGUGCUAGAAUCCUCUCCAGACAUUGAGACAUUGGUCAUUGAUUCUUAUGAGCCCGAAGAUGGCCAAAAAUGACACUAAGGUUUUUAAUAAAACUCGGAUUGGACACUUAGGUUAUUAGUAGACCAAAUUAACACAUAUUGAAGCUUUUGGGUUGAUUUUUAGCCAUCCACUAACUUUCCCCUUAAACGGGCGUUUCCCCUACUAACAAACGCCACUCCCUGGUACUAAUCAUCACAACCUAAAGACGAAGGAAAACUGAAAGAUGGCCGUCGGCGAGCAGCAAGGGAGACAGCCAGUGUUGGCGGAGUGUGGUAAUCAGAAUGGCUGCGUCGACGACCUCAUCCUGGCGGCGCUUAUUAGGAAAGAGACAGUCGCCGCCAACUCCUCUUCGUCUUCUUCAACCACCGCAGCUCGCUUCCUUCCGCCCGGCCACCUUCAUUUCUCGAUGGGCUCUGUAUCUCGCCGGAGGACCAUCGAUCACCACCACUUGCAUAGAUUCUUCUUAUUUCGCUUCGAAGUCCGCUACCACCACCGCAGCUUUGUGUUGCUCUUCUGCAGCCACACCAACCUCAUUUACUUCGGAGUUCACUUCUAUUAUUAUCGACGGCAAGAAACUUUCAAAAGAAAUCAGAGACGAAAUUAGUGCUGAGAUAACUAAGAUGAAGAUUUUAUAGGGCUCAUUCCUGGUCUGGCAGUCAUUCUGGUUGGCGACAGGAAGGAUUCUGCAACUUAUGUUCGCAACAAGAAAAAGGCAUGUCAAGAUGUGGGGAUCAGUUCCUAUGAGGUGCGAUUACAUGAAGAUUCAACAGAAGAGGAAGUUCUUAAGCAUAUAUCCAGAUUCAACGAUAAUCCAUCCAUCCAUGGUAUUCUUGUCCAGUUGCCUCUACCUUUGCAUAUGAUGUCUGCAUAAUAGGUGGGUGAUGAGAAUUAGGGUUCUUGUGUCUGUGUUUAUUGGGGUGUGGUUUAAUAGCAGGGAAAAGGCGUCUUGCAGAGAAACGCCCGUUUAACAGGAAAGUUAGUGGAUGGCUAAAAAUCAAGUCAAAAGCUUUAAUAUGUGUUUAUUUGGUCUAGUAAAAAGCUAGAUGUCCGAUCCGAGAUUCAUUAAAAACGUUAGUGUUAUUUUUGGCCCUUCUCCCAAAUAUGUUGUGAUUCUAGUUGGACAGUAACUGGGCCCCACCUGCGAAGGAUGAUUUGGAUUGCGACUUAUUGCAUCUGAAGACGAUCAAAAUGAUUAAGCUGGUAGAUCCAGAACUUGACGGUGAACCAAUGCUUACGUUGGCUCGAAUCCUUCUUAAGAGGACACCAGUAUUGGAAGAGAUGGACAUAUAUGUUAAGAUUGAAGAUGCAGAUGUCUUUGUCAAGAUAGGACAAACCUUGCUGAGUUACCCCCGAUCCUCACCAAAGGCUGUCAUCGAUCUGUAUUAAAUUGUUGGCUUUUAUGUGUAAUGUGUUCAUUUUCUAAACUACGCAGAAUAUCUAUUACAGCUACUCUACUUCUCCCCCUAUUAUGCCUAGUUUGCCACUACUGGCAUGUUUGAGAUGUAACUGUCUAGUCAUUGUAUUUUGUAUCAUUGUAUUUCAAACGUUUGACCAUGGUAGAAAAUUUGGUAGCAGAUUAUAAAUAGGCAUGGCAAAAAAACCUUUCCAGCAAGGACUUGCCAUUCCCUAAAAUAUUACGGAGUAUGUGCCUGGCGCCUGCCCGCCCUAUCAUUCAGAUUAGUUUGUACUGUGUAUGUGAACAAAAAACAUGCAAUCCUACUUGCCUCAACCUACCCUGCCGUGUAUAAAUAAUUUC